CCAGCCCGCCGCCCGUCCGCUUCCCUCCCCGAGAGCCGCGCAGCGCGAAGAUGGCGGCGUACAAAUUCCUCCUGCAGCCGCUCAGCCGCCGCAUCCUCCUUCCCGCCGCGCGGGCGCGGGGCGCCGGGGCUGAGAUUUGUGGAUGCUAUUUUUCUACUAGCUGUCAUCGCAACACCAAAUUUUAUACUGAUCCUGUUGAAGCUGUAAAAGAUAUACCCAAUGGGGCAACUAUACUUGUUGGUGGUUUUGGAUUGUGUGGGAUUCCUGAAAACCUCAUUGGCGGUUUACUGAAGACUGGAGUAAAAGGAAUAACAGCAGUCAGUAAUAAUGCAGGUGUUGACAAUUUUGGACUUGGUCUUCUGCUUCAGACUAAGCAGAUAAAACGCAUGGUGUCAUCAUAUGUUGGAGAGAACGCUGAAUUUGAACGUCAGUAUUUGUCUGGUGAGCUUGAAGUUGAGCUUACACCUCAGGGUACACUCGCUGAACGUAUUAGAGCAGGAGGAGCAGGAAUCCCAGCAUUUUACACCAGUACCGGCUAUGGGACACUGGUGCAGGAAGGGGGUGCACCUAUCAAAUACAACACAGAUGGCACCAUUGCCAUUGCCAGCCAGCCAAGAGAGGUGCGAGAGUUUGAUGGCCGUCACUUUAUUCUGGAGAAGUCGAUUACAGGAGAUUUUGCUCUUGUGAAGGCAUGGAAGGCUGAUCGUGCAGGAAACAUCAUUUUCAGGAAAACUGCAAGAAACUUCAACCAACCUAUGUGCAAAGCUGCCAAGACAACUGUGGUAGAGGUGGAAGAAAUUGUUGAUGUAGGAGCCUUCGCCCCAGAAGACAUUCAUGUUCCCAAAAUCUAUGUUGAUCGUCUGAUACAAGGAGAGAAGUUUGAGAAGAGAAUUGAACGUUUAUCAAUCCGAAAGCCUGAAGAUUCUAAAGCCAAACAAAAACAAGGAGACAAUGUGAGGGAGAGGAUCAUCAGACGGGCUGCUUUAGAGUUUGAGGAUGGCAUGUAUGCUAAUCUGGGUAUUGGAAUCCCACUGUUGGCCAGUAAUUUCAUCAGUCCAGACAUAACUGUUCACUUACAGAGUGAAAAUGGAGUCCUGGGUUUGGGUCCUUAUCCACUUGAAAAUGAAGUAGAUCCAGACCUGAUUAAUGCAGGUAAGGAGACAGUCACUGUUCUUCCAGGUUCUUCCUAUUUCUCUAGCGAUGAAUCAUUUGCAAUGAUAAGAGGAGGCCACGUUGAUUUGACAAUGCUUGGAGCUAUGCAGGUGUCUAAGUACGGUGACCUGGCCAACUGGAUGAUUCCUGGUAAGAUGGUGAAAGGAAUGGGGGGUGCCAUGGACCUGGUAUCCAGUGCGCAGACCAAAGUGGUUGUCACCAUGGAGCACUCAGCCAAGGGCAAUGUCCAUAAAAUCUUGGAAAAGUGCAAUUUACCACUUACUGGGAAACAAUGUGUAAACCGCAUCAUUACGGAGAAGGCUGUGUUUGAUGUGGACAAGAAGAAGGGAUUGACCCUUGUGGAAAUCUGGGAAGGACUGACAGUGGAUGAUAUCAAGAAAAGCACUGGCUGUGACUUCACAGUUUCGCCAAAACUAAUACCAAUGAGGCAGAUUUAAACGUGAAAUACAGACUGGGCUUAACUUGCCAGAAGGCUUGUUUCCAAAUGGGAGCUCAGUGAAGAGAAAUUGAUGACUGUUUU